AUACUGGAGACGCGUCUGUAAUAUGUAAUGAAACUUCCAAAACUACCACUAGUCCGUUAGCAACUACCAAGACUCUAGAAUCAUCUGCACAAUCUUCUACCAUUUCCCAAGAAAUACCAGUAGGCUCUCCACCAAAUUGCAAACCAGGGGUUCAUGAAUUUGAAUUUUAUAUAAAAGCUGGCAACCUAUCCUUGGACAAUCUGUGUAUGGACAUUGGUUCAUUUGAUAGCAGUUCACUGUGUUCUGACGACGACGAUGCUUUGAUAUUUAGCAUCAAUGAGGAUCCAUUUGGUUUCUUUAAAUUGUUUAAACUCUUAAGGAAUAAACAAAUACUGAAGCCAUGUUUGCGCCUUACAGCGCUAUACCAGAUACAAGAAGCCAAAGCACCGCUUACCAUAAUAGCAAAGGAAGAUUCUUCACAGGGUAGAACAGCAAUCCUAAACAUAUUGAUAACAUUUAAUCGGCCACCAACAGUUGCACAUAGAAUUAUUAACUGGAUUGUAAAUAUUGCUGAACUUGGCGCACUCGAUGUCAUAAAGCAAUCACAAGCACAGGAUUCUGGUAGUAUAACACUCACUUCUGUUAAUUACCAAGAGAAUAGUUUGGUUUCUGCAACCAUCAACAAAAAUAAGCUGCAUCUGCACCAUAGGAAAAUUAGCACUAACUAUGAUAUGCAAAGAAUAAAAUUGCAAGUCAAAAUGUCAGAUGAUGGUAAACCAAGUUUAUCAACAAAUGUAACAGUACAGAUAGUUAUAGUAAGGUUAGAAUGCACUUCAACUAACAAGAUAGCGGUAAAUAUCGGAGAACUUCAGAGUGUUAAAACUCUUCCAAUUGGCCAGAUUAAUUGUGCAGUUUCUAGAGGAUAUUCAGUCCGUUAUGAUGUCAUACACACAGCACUGCAACAAGGACUUGAAUUGAGCUUUCAUGAUGGUAUAGUGAGUAUAAUUCAAGAUGGCGUCACCACGAGUGUGGCUAAAAAAGAAGUCAUCGUUGUUAAUGUGAUAAUGGUUCAGUUCCCGUCUAUACAUGUCAAUGUUAAGUUUCAAUUAGAAUUUGCUUUUUAUGGACUAAUGUGGUUCCAAUCUACGUACAUAUCUUGGACAAGAGAACUAACAGAUAAUUCAACCAUGGAAUACAGAAACCAAGUAAAGAAUGUUACAGACAUGAUAAGUAAAGUUGUAGAUAAAUCAGUUAGCGUGCAUAUAAUACAGUUCAGGCAAGAUUCUUGGGUAGAUGUUCACCUCAUAUGUUCUAACCAAGCCGUUUGUAAAAAGACCGAAUCGUUACUUCUGCACCCUGCUAGUUUUAGUGAUUCUGGGAUUCUCCGUGGGCGAGUCCAUUUUAAUAACAGAAGUAGUCAUAUAUUUGUUCCAACUCUCAAAAUACUGAACAAGGCAAAACACAUCCUGGGUGGCGAUACUGUUAUCAUCUUCUGUGAGGCUGAUGUUAUAAAGCCAGUUGGUUCGGUUUCUGUGGAAUGGACAUUAGAUGGUGCCGUUGUUCGACCUUUGUUGUCAUCAAGAUUCCAAAUCUCGACCGGAUUGGAGUUCCCAUGGCGAUUACAGUCUAAUUUAACAAUUACAAAUAUUAAAAUGAUAGACCAAGGUACAGUACAAUGUCAUAUUAGUGACCUAAGUCGUUAUGGAAGAAAAAUUGGGAGUAUUCCUUUGGCAAUUAUUUCUCCCCCAACUGUCGGUGUUCCAAAAACCCAGUAUGUCAGAUGUGGUAUAAGCAUCAACUUAAUGUGUGAAGUUUUAAAACCAGUCGGUGUAUAUACAACUUUGAUGUGGGUAAAGGAUGGAAUUAAUAUACAAAAUGGUUCUGAAUUGAACAGGGUUGUGGCCAGGGAUACCAAUUUAACAUGUAUUGGAUUAAACAUAGCCGGUCGGGGUAAAGGCAACACAACCAAGAUAAUCAUCAUUAAAGGACCGCUAACCUGUCCACGUGAUACUGAUGAAAGAGGAACACAUUGGCCGGAAGCGUCACAAGAUGCCACAGCUGAACAGUCUUGCCCAUUGGGAUACGCAGGUAGUGUAUCUAGAUAUUGUAAUAGCGAUGGGAAGUGGUUGACGGAAGAUUACAGUUCGUGUAUUCAAGCAUCAUUGACAACCAUCAUGAAUCAGAUUGAACAGGUAAAAGCCGGAAUUGUUGUUUCCGAACCCGAUAAGUUGCUAGCCAAUCUGACCAAAAUAACCAAACAAUCUAAAUUAGAGAAGGGCGAAAUUCUUCAUAUGAUAAGUGCUAUGAAAACCCUGACACAAAUUACAAAUGAAACAACCCAAAACUUGCCCUCAGCCCAGAAUAAAACUAAACAUUUUGCUAAGGAAUCAGUAAUACUGGUCAGCGCAUUAUUUGACUCUGAGCAAUCUGAAAAUAUGAAGACACUUGAAUACGAGAAUAGCAGUAUAAUCAAAGAUUUAAUGGAAACGAUGGACAAAGUGAGUAAACUAGUUGGGGAAAAUCUACCGGAUGGAAAUUCUGAGACAUUUCAAUCCGAAAAUAUUGGGUUUGUCUCUUUUCAUCUUUCACUGUGGCCUGAACAAAAAGGUGAGAGAGGGCUUUGUCAUACAUCAUCGACUUCUUUCAGGACCGUCAAGUUCAAGUUCCAGGUGAAUGUCUGAAAAUCAUAGGCGUCUUUGCAGGAAGUGACGUAACGGAAAAAACUGAAACGAAUUCUGGUGCUCCUAAAUAUGGUGAAACAUUUGCGGAUUAAACACUGGACAAUGAUGAUCUUUCAUAUGCCGUCGUCAUUGAAAUGUAAAUUGGUAUAACCCAAGAAGAAGGGAUGGCCAACUUUUGAUAAAAAUACCUUAUUGUAUUCCGAACUGCUCUUCAACAGACUUGUAAUGAGGCUUGAUAUUGAUUUUAUUGAUGAUUAAUUGCAUGACAUUUUGUUUUUAUUAUUUAAUUGUUCCUAGAAGCACCCGCAAUGCCUCUAUAAAGAAUGUAUAAUCCCAUUUAAUUUGAUAUUAUUAGUGUUAUAUAUUUAAGAUAAGCGUUCAAUUUGCUGAAUAUUAUUGAUAUUUUUUUAAUCGCCUUUGACCAAGUUAAUUUGAAAUGAUUUUAUUUAUAUCUAAUAUUGUUAUAUUUUACCUUAUAUUAUAAUGCUUUUGAUCAACACAGUGCUUAGGAAAUACUGAUCUACUGCACCUAAAUAAUCAAGCUGAUCACCAGUGAAUAUUCGCUAGGCCGCUACAAUCACUGAUAAGGAUGACAUCGAUGCGACUUAAUGAGCCACAAAUAUUAACUUUUUUCUUCCGACAAAUUAAAUUCUAAAACAUUUUUUUAUGUAUUAGGAAAAUAAAUAAAGACGUUUGAAGUAUUUGGAGGGUGGGACGAUUUACCCAAUACUACCCAAUACCAGCCCAAUACCACCUCAAUAUCACCA